AUGGAUUUACCCGAGGAUGAAGCAUCUCGCGAUCUCGUUAAAUGUCCUCUAACAUUACCGCAAUUCUCCGAGCUGCGUUCAAUGCCGACUGCCGCAGCCGCUGCUAUCGCCGCCAUCGCCGCGGCUGAUAACCGUAGCGUGCAGUCGCAGGGGGUACAAACGACUGGUCAAGCGUCUCCGCAAGAGACUUCGACAAAUACUCUUGGCAAAUACCUUGCGGCACCUUUACCUGGCUGGCAGGAUACUUUGCUUCAAUUAUGCGAGAAGCAAGUGCUUAAUCAAAUAAUUAAUGUCCCUAGUUAUAGUCAAAAUAACGUGACACUAGGUGCACAAUCAAGUAAUUUUGGUUUAAUUAAUAGUCUUUACUUACCUUCUACAUCACAGGCAAAUAUUGUAAAGCAAGAACUAGAUGUCCAGUCUAAAGAAGAGAAAAAUUUGACCCGGGAAAUGCUGUUGAAACAGCACUCAUCAACAGCAGUCAAUUUAAUAAUGGCUGAAUAUUUUCAUAAAUUUCCAACUGAAUUUUCUCUACGAGAUACAUUUGAACUAUGUGCAGAACAAGUAAAAAAGGAGAAAACGCGAGAGGAAAAAGUAGAGCAAGUGCAGAAUAAUAUUCUAAAUAUACCAAAUAUCAGAAACAUUUAUCUACAAAAUGGCAAUUUAGCAAGCACUGAUCAAAUAACAGUGACUGUUAAUCCGAGUGAACUGAAUCUGCAAAAUGAACAAGAAAUUGAAAACAAUUUGCAAAAUGUCCUAAAAGUCGAGCAGCAAGUACAAACCGAUUUGCCAAAAAUCGAGAAAAAGUCGAAAUUUCGAGCAAAAAUCAGCGAGAUUAAAAUCAGCGUUAACUAUGACGGAACUACGCUUUAUUGUUGCCCAGAGUGUAAUUUAGGAUUUCCAGACAAGACCGACAUCGAACAACAUAUACAGGCUCAUCUUCAAGAACGAAAGUACCAAUGCAAGGAAUGUGGUGCCAUGUUGAAAAGAAAGGAGCAUCUUGAUCAGCACAUGCGCGGUCAUUCGAACGAGCGACCUUUUAAAUGUGAGGUAUGUCAGAAGGCGUUCAAGAGAAAUGAGCAUUUAACAAGACAUACUGUCAUUCAUUCCGGUAAUAAGGAUUUUCCAUGCACCAUGUGCCAGAAAGCGUUUUCGCGCAAGGACCAUUUGAACAAACAUUUUCAAACGCAUUUUGGUAUUCGUAAAAACAAAAAGGAUGAUUCUUAUUAUACCGAUCAAAAAGAUACAAGAAUAUUCGAUAACAGUACCGAAAUCGCAGUGAUGCCUAAGCAAGAGACAAGCUAUAUUCUAAAGGACGGUUGCUUAAUCAAGCAGGAAACCUCUCUUUUACAGCAUCUUCAAACUAUUCAAAAAAAUCCGAAUCUAUUGCAUAGCACAUUCGCUGCUUUUAAAGAAGAAGUGAUGAAAGAUGUAAAUCUGACUGAACAAGCGCAGAGCGGUAAUAUGAAUGAAAAUGCAAGGUAUUUAAUGCCGUCUUAGUUGUAGGUAAAAUCCAUAUAUGUUCCAAAGCAAUAUAUGAUGUAUGAUAGAGCUUGUAGGUAAUUUUAAUUUUUGAAUUCAUAUUUUGUCAUUGGAACAACUGUGACUAUUCCAGAUUUAUAGUUUAAUUUUAAUACGAAACGUUUUGACAUUGGAUUAAAAACAUACAUACUUAGUUAAAAAUACGAAUCACGAAAUAAAAAUGUCAUACGGUGUAGCUCCUCUAUUCUAAAAUCAUCGGGA